AUGAAUAACAAUAACAACAAUGGUAUUCCUCACCCAGUGUUGGUGGUCUACACGGGACAAGAAAUUACGACCAUACCACGCACAGUCACCCAUUUAGUGGUUGCUUCCAAUGUCAAUACCAUUGAAGCCUUUGCCUUUUGUCAGUGCCACAAUUUGGUAUCCGUGGAAUUCUACGAAGGCUUGGAAGUCAUUUCCGAGUUUGCCUUUGGAUAUUGCACCAGUUUGCAAAAAAUUAAGUUGCCAAAUUCCAUGCGGGUGGUGGGACGGAAUGUCUUUACCCGAUGCACGCAAUUGCAAACGGUGGAACUGAACGAAGGAUUGCUCAUGCUGCGGGAUGGAGUCUUUUCCUUUUGUCUUGGACUGAAACGCCUGAGGAUCCCUUCGACUGUGGUGGAGAUGGAACGAGAAUUACUCUUUUCGUGUUCCAGUUUGGAAACCUUGGAAUUGCCACCCAAGAAUACCCUUCGGUCCAUUGAAGCACAGGCCCUGUGUGGUUGCACUAUGUUGAAAAGUUUGGCACUUCCUUCAUCGUCAUCGUCAUCGUCAUCAUCAUUAUCAUCAGAUGAACAACAAGUGGGGAACAAUACUACCGGUACCGCUUUGGGAGACAGAAUAUUUGUGGAUUGCCCCGAGUUGGAAGAAUUGGUGCUGGAAGCUUUGGGAGGACAGGAAAACUCGGCUGCUACUGCUGAUAAUAAUGAUGGAAGUAGUGAUAUGUUGGUAUCCGCGUUCCAGCAACGUUUCCACAAACUUCCAAUUCAUGAAUUGUGUUAUUAUCAAUCCUAUCGACCAGUCUUUGAAACGAUUGGAAGGGUUCAGACUCAUCUGCUUGAUACUACUUCACCACCACCAGACGAUGGUGACAAUAACAGAUCAUUCAGAAGUGAUGAUGAGGAGUUAGUAUGCAACCAGUGCCCGGUCGAUCUAUUCCAAAUGAAUCCCUUUCACAUUUUGGCAUUGUCGACCAAACCAAACUAUCAUUUACUGAAUACACUACAACGUGUGUAUCCAUUAAGUGCGCAAUUCGAGAAGGAUGUUCAUGGGAAUACUCCUAUUGAGUACCUUGUGGACAACUUUAUUAGUAGCAACGAGUUGUCCUCCUCCUCCUCGUCGGGAGUUGUGCAAUCCAUGAUGCAAAGCACCAUGUUGGACCGUCUCCAACACUUGCCCUUAUUUCACCGUCGUCAUUCUCAUUACCAAGAAAUGGUGGAGCACAUUGAAAUAUUACUCUACUCUCGUGGUCAUAACACCACCCAACAACUACAGCAACAACGGCAAUCGUGGAGGUAUAUUGUACGAGAGUUGUAUUCCAAACUCUCCCGAAUGGAACGACACGAAGCAUUGUCCUUGCUGGAACUUUCCGUUUGGACGGCCAAGGUAAAGCUUGUUCAUCAAAGCUUUCAUUUGGAACAGCUCGCAUUAUUAAGGCAUACCCAAGCCAUACAUUUGAAUGAAGGUGGUGGUGAUGGCCAUGCAAUGUUGGAGGACGACGACGAGGAGGAAGGCAAUCGAUUCAAACGAGCAAGAAUCGGCAGCAUUCAAGAUCCAAUCUUGGACCGUCAAGCGUGUCGCGUCAAUUGUGGUGCGGAUAUCAUUCUUGGGAAUGUGAUUUCCUUUCUGCCUCCACUCUUCGGAGAAUAA